AUGAGGCGAUUCAGCUGCCGUGCGAAGUCGGUCAUCGAAGGCGACGACAUCCGAGGUGUGGUUAUGAGCUUACAGAGAGCCGACUCACAGACAGUAGGAGAAUACAGAGCAGGGGAACAUACAGCAGUGGAACAGGCAUCACCAAGGGGAAAAUUCUCUGCACCUUCCGAGCAUCCUCUCCGCGCUCUCUCCGCGGGUGUGCCCGCGUGGGUGGUGGAGAGAGCAAGCGCCGUCUCCCCGGAGGUGGUGGCAAUCGCGAGUGUGUACUUCGUGCAGGGCGUGCUGGGUCUGGCCCGCCUUGCUGUCACCUUCCUUCUUAAGGACGACUUCAAGCUUGAUCCUGCUGAGAAAUCGGCAUCUGCAUGUGACAAGUGUGUUGCUACACACUCAUCUCAACGGCUCUCAGUUCUCAUCAGUGACGGCAUUGCUCUCUAUGGCUACCUCCUCCUGUAUUCAUCAGGCCUCUCCUCCCUGCACUGGCUCAUCAACCCCAUUAACGGCUUCACCAGCAACGGCAUCCCUCUCUUUGGCUACCACCGUCGCUCCUACCUGGUGGCUUGCGGCCUGCUGGGCGACGGCAUCCCUCUCUUUGGCUACCGCCUGCAUCCACCCUCUCCUCCCUCCAUUAUUCCACCCCCCCCCCUCCCUCCUGUUCAGGUGGCAGUCCUCUCGGGCCUCUCCUCCCUGCCAUGGCUCAUCAAGCCCAUCUAUGGCUUCAUCAGCGAUGGCAUUCCUCUUUUCGGCUACCGCCGUCGCUCCUACCUGGUGGCCUGUGGGCUGCUGGGAUCUCUGGCGUGGGGUGCGCUGGCGACGGUGGUGGGGGAUAAAUACUCCGCUGUGGCCAUGAUACUGCUCUCCUCGCUUUCUGCUGCUGUUUCUGACGUGGUGAGUGGUGCUCUGCGGGCUACCGCCGUCGCUCCUACCUUGUCGCCUGUGGGCUGCUGGGGUGCGCUGGCGACGGUGGUGGGGGAUAAGUACUCUGCACUGGCGAUGAUCCUGCUCUCCUCGCUCUCUGCUGCUGUUUCUGACGUGGUGAGUGGUGCUAUGCGGUGCUCUGUGGUGGUAUCUGUGGUGGUGGUGGACUCGAUGGUGGUGCAGAGAGCAAGGGGCGAGUCCCAGGCCACAUCAGGCGGGCUGCAGUCUCUCUGUUGGGGGUCGUCAGCAGUGGGCGCUGUUCUCUCAGCGUAUUUCAGUGGCUCACUCAUUGAGAAUUACGGCACAAGAUUUGUGUUCGGAGUGACGGCCCUACUGCCUCUCAUCACCACUGCUGUCGGAUUCUACGUCCCAGAGGAAAGGGUUACCGCAGGCACUAGGGUUAUCACCAACAAGGAUAGUACAACCACUGGCACAGCAGGAGUGACUGUGGGAGAGCUCAUGAGACUAGGAGAAGGUCGAGGAGACAGAGAAGGGGAAGGAGGAGCAGUAGGGGGAGCUGAAGGAGGAGCAUUGGGAGGAGUGGGAGGAGGAGUGGUAGCAGCAGGGGGCGGAGCAGGGGAGACAUGGGCGUGGGCGUGGGGGCAGGUGGUGUUCCUGUGGGAGACGAUUCGGCAGCCGGCCAUUCUGCUGCCCACCGCCUUCAUCUUCCUCUGGCAGGCCACUCCCCACUCUGAGACUGCCAUGUUCUUCUUCACCACCAACGAGCUGGGCUUCGGCCCUGAGUUCCUGGGCCGCGUCCGCCUCGUGACCGCCCUGGCCUCUCUGGCAGGGGUGGGGGUGUUCAACUUCUACCUGAAAGAAGUGCCUCUCAGAAAGCUCUUUCUCUGGACCAACAUUGCUGGGGCCAUUCUAGGCUCCACACAGCUACUCCUUGUCACCGGUCUCAACCGCUCUCUGGGGAUCAGCGACCAGUACUUUCUGCUGGGGGACUCUCUCAUACUCACUGUGCUGGGGCAGAUUUCCUUCAUGCCAGUGUUGGUGCUAGCAGCUCGAGUCUGCCCACCCGGCAUUGAAGCAACUCUCUUUGCGACACUCAUGUCUGUCAGCAAUGGGGCAAGCGUGUUUGGGGGGGUGAUGGGCGCUGGGCUGACCAACUGGCUGGGAGUGACGAGCACGGAUUUCACCAACCUGCCCACCCUCAUCGCCAUCUGCAACUUCUCCUCUCUGCUCGUGCUCCCGUUUUUAAAUCUGCUGCCUGCUGGUGUCGGCGCAACCUCGGACUCUGAAGAGGAAUAG